ACAAUUUCGAAGGAUUUUAGUGAUAAUUGUAGUUCUAGCUGUAGUAUUUUCUGUUCGAUUUGAAAAUCCAGUACAAUUUUUAAACAUUGUGCUUAAAAAUCGAAUAUGCCAUGCAUUCAGUUAAUGUAAUUUCGAGUAGAUAUUUUUGGACUGUAUUUGUGAAGAUACAUGCGCUCCUGCACCUAGUUGAAGUUAAUUGAUCUAGGAUAACCGUUUACUACGUUUGGCAAACGUUACUAUAAUUACUAUAAACUUUUCUAUCAAUAAAUCCCUUAUAUUGAGUGUCAGUAAAUCAUAAUAGUGUAAUUAGGCAUAGUGUGUACAAGUUACACUAGCGGUCACGGUCGAAACAAUCCAACGAAACUCAUUCAGUUUAAUCAGAGAGCUUCGUUUGAUCGGACAUGAAUUGAUAGAUAUGAGCCAAACUACCAAUUUCACCAGUCACUACAGACUCGUCAGCGCAUAACAGUUUAUGCAGAACUGCUAGACCACUAACCAAGUUUUAUAUUGGAGCUUUUGACUAUCUUUUACCGGAACCGAAGUCCGUUAUAGUCCCGGUAAUGUGCUGUUGGUUAUGAUAGCAUGUUUCACCGUUUUCGCGAGAUACGGGUGUAGUCGAUUGGCGCCUGGUGCAUCAACAUUAAUGACGCGCAAACGAGCUCUUUCACCGGAAUCAAAACUGGUUUCCAACGCACUGUUCAAGAUGCCAGCACGGGACGAUACGUACGGAGAUGAAGAAAGUAGCAUCCGCUAUCUAGAAGCACCAGACAAAUCCUUUUCGGAUAAAAAGGAGUACAGAUCCAUCGUACUGCCGAAUGGAUUUCAUGCGCUACUGAUUUCCGAUCCCGCCGGACGAGUUCAACCAGCAAGAAAUAGCACGAGUGAAGGAAGCAAUCGAACUCAGAGCGACGAUGAAGCAAGUGUGACAUCGAGCACGAAUGAUUUAAGUGAGAGUGAUGGGGAAAGCGACAGUGAUGAUUCUAGUGGGGAAAAACUAGCCGCAGCUGCGUUAUCUAUCGGUGUUGGUUCUUUCAGUGAUCCACGCACAGUACAGGGUUUGGCUCAUUUUCUGGAGCACAUGAUUUUCAUGGGCAGCGACAAGUACCCUGCCGAAAAUGAAUACGAUUCAUAUAUUAGCAAAUGUGGUGGAUUUGACAACGCUGUUACUGAUCUGGAAGAGACAACAUUCUACUUCGAAAUCGAUGAAGAAUACCUUGAUGGAGCAUUGGAUCGCUUCUCGAGCUUGUUCGUUUCCCCACUGAUGAAUCGGGACUCAAUUUGUCGUGAGCGGGAUGCCGUUGAGUCGGAAUUUCAAACCAACAUCAACAGUUUCUCUUCUAUGCGAGAGCAAUUGCUUGGAUCUCUAGGCAAAGCGGACCACCCAUGCAGUUUGUUCUCCUGGGGAAAUUUACGCACUCUAAAGGAGAACGUGACGGAAAGUGAGCUGUACGAAAUUUUGCAUAGAUUUCGAAAGCGCUAUUACUCUGCUCAUCGAAUGCAUUUUGCCGUUCAGGCUCGAAUGAGUUUAGAUGAGCUCGAAGAUCUUACAGUAAAGUACUUCUCCAGCAUCCCGAACAAUCAUCUACCUGGAGACGAUUUUUCCAUGUAUAAUGAACGCAAUGCUUUCAAGCCAGAAUUUUUCGAUAAGGUGUUUUUUGUAAAACCCAAGUCAAACAUAUGCAGAUUAGACGUGACAUGGACUUUGCCGCCGAGUGUUAAAGAUUAUAAAGUUAAACCCGUAGAUUACUUAUCGUACCUAUUAGGAUAUGAAGGAAAAUACAGCCUAACAAGUUAUUUAAGAAAUAGAACAUUAGCUUCGGAUGUGCAAACAGGAGCUAGCUACGGUUUCGAAAAAAAUUCACUUCUAACUCUUUUCUCAGUAUCGGUGACGAUGACUGACAAGGGCUUAUAUAAUGUAGAGCAAAUUCUGCAAGCGAUAUACUCCGCUGUUAGACUGUUGAAAAAGACUGGCCCUGUAGAGUGGUUGUAUGAGGAACUGAAAGAGAUUGAAGCCACCUCAUUUCGAUAUCGCAAGGAAAAAGAUGCCACCGACAAUGUAGAAGAGCUUGUGGUCAAUAUGCGAUACUAUCCUUCGAAAGAUAUAAUUACAGGAUCUGAACUCUACUUCCAAUAUAAUGCAUCGGAGAUUCAAGAUGUUAUAGAUAAUCUGAAUUUACCAAACUUUAACAUUAUGAUCUCUUCAUCCAAACCGUACAAAGGAAUUGUGUAUGACAAACAGGAAGCAUGGUUUGGAACGGAAUACGCGGAACGAGACGUACCGCAGAAAUGGAAAGAUCUCUGGAAUAGCACCGAAAUAAUACCCGAACUGCAGCUACAGGAACAAAAUAAUUUCAUCAGUACAGAUUUCACAAUCUUUGCUGAAAAAGACGACUCGCAUGUGUCGAGGAUUCCAGCGUUCCCGGAAAAAAUUCUAGAUAUUGAAACUUGCGAACUAUGGUUUCGACAGGAUAAAGUAUUCAAAUUACCAAUGGCGUUGAUGUACUUUUACUUCAUAUCCCCCAUGCCGUUGCAGAGUCCAAAGAGUGCAACUCUAUCCAGUCUGUAUACAUCAAUGUUGAAAUUCCAAAUUGCUGAAGAUCUGUACCCAGCCUCGGUAGCCGGGUUGGAUUACGAAAUUUAUGCUUCUGAAAAGGGUAUCGUAUUGAAGGUUGAUGGCUACAAUCAAAAGAUAUCAAUUGUGGUUAGUGAAAUAACUAAGGCAAUGCAACGUUUCGAUAAGAACAUUAAUCCUGACGUAUUUGAAGUAAUCAAAAAGAAACUGGCAAAAUCAUAUUAUAACGAUAUCAUCAAGGCUAGUAAAUUGAAUCGUGAUAUACGGUUGAAAGUUGUACAGCAGACUUUCUGGACAACAUUAGAGCGAUUUAAUGAGUUGAAAAAUCUUACAUUGGAAGAUUUAAGCACCUUUUCUAUUGAAUAUUUUCAAAAUGUAACAGUGCAGGCACUCAUACAAGGAAAUUUUCAUAAACAGGAUGCGCUGAACGUAAUGUCAACCAUUCUAACCAGUUUAAAAAUUGGAGAAAUACAAAAUCGAUCCCUCAUUGCAUCAAGAGCGCGUGAAAUUCCUUUAGGUAACAAUUAUUUGACGCUGAAAUCCUUUCGCGAUAAUGAUGUGAAUACAGCCACAACAAACUUCUACCAGGCGGGUCCUGUUACACCGGCGCAAAACUCCCGAUUAGAAUUAUUAGUAAUGCUUAUCGAAGAGCCACUGUUUGAUAUUUUACGAACCAAAGAGCAACUUGGCUACGAUGUUUCAACGACGAUUCGUGACAAUUUUGGUGUUAAGGGUUUAUCGAUUACUGUUCAUUCGCAGGAGGAUAAAUUCUCGUAUCAAUACAUAGAUGAAAAAAUUGAAUUCUUUAAUCGCAAAUUCAUCCAGAUCCUAGAAGACAUGCCUGAAUCUGAUUUCAAAUUAGUGAAAUCAUCAUUGCUAAAAAGUAAGCAAAUCAUAGAUACAUCUUUGAAAAACGAAGUUAUCAGAAAUUGGGCAGAAAUUACAUCGGAGCAGUAUAUUUUCAAUCGAAACAAGCUCGAAAUGGAACACAUAGAGGAACUGACGAAGUCUGACAUCCUAAAGUUCUACAAUCAGUUACUUUUUGAUAACAAACAUCGGAGAAAACUUUCUGUUCAAGUAGUCGGAUGCAGCGAAAAGUCAGUACCCUGCAAUACAGGUGAAACAGAAGUCGUGGAUGACGCUGAAGAUCUAGAACGAGAAUUUUUGAUUCACUACCUAUCGACAGAUGAUACACAACGCACCUACAUAACCGAUAUUAACAGUUUUGGAGAAACACUUAAGGUUUAUCCCGUUACAAAAACAAAGUUUUAAUCUGUUUUGCAUAAACCUUAAACCAAUAGAUUGUCUCUCUAUGUUUACUUUCUCUUUUGGUUCUUAUUGUGCAUUUGUACAGAUUUCCAUAGAACUUGAUAGUGCUAUUCAUGAUAAUCAGAUAAAAGUCGAAACGAGUUAUAUAAAAAAGAAGAAUAAAAUUGCUAUCAUUAUGCAAACAUGGAACUGUCAUUUUGUUUUUGAUUCAAUAAAAUGCAAACUGUUUAACGUUA